ACGCGAAGAAUAUAACAAAAAGCGUACAUAUAUUGUUCACCAGGCAUUGUUCAUCCCAGAGAUCUGAGUUUCAAAGCGUUUGUUCUUUAAGCCUACCCGAUCAAGACCAUUCUCGCGAUCAAGACUACGAACCAUUCGAAGUUCAUAAAUUAUCCGUUCGAAAUUUGAGCUAAAUUUUGACUAAACAGAAGAGUGUUUUCCCGCCUAUCACGUGCUUAUUGGCGUCACGUGAUCACAAAUAUGUCAUAUCUGAGUCUUUGAGAUUGUAUUUGAAGGGGAGUUAGUGAGGAAAAUGGCUACGGCUGGUUGCGAGGAAGUAGGCACAAAAGUUGAGCCUGAAAUCCCCGGAGAAGUCAAGAUCGAGAAAGUAGAACAGUCGAAAACUAGCGAUCAGAAUUUUAAUUGGAAAAUGCCGACGACAGCUGCACUCUUAGUGCAGUCGAAUUCAACUCCAAGCACGUUAUGCGAGUCAACGACCAACCAGGUAAACACUAUAGUAGUUUCGGAUUGUCCACAAAUUGACACAAAUCUAAAAGGGACUGGAUUGCCUGUGAAAACACAACUCAUGCCUGGACCAUACUCUGAAGUACAGCUCCCAAAGAAAGACAGUCACAUCAAACGACCAAUGAACUCCUUCAUGGUUUGGGCACAAUCUGCUCGUAGAAAACUAGCAGAGCAAUAUCCACACGUUCAUAACGCAGAGCUCAGUAAAAUGCUUGGGAAGUUAUGGAGAAUGCUCUCCGCUUCUGAAAAACAACCAUACGUAGACGAAGCUGCCAGGCUAGACAAAAGGCAUAAAGAAGACAAUCCAGAUUAUAAAUAUAGGCCACGAAGGCGGCAGAAGUCUCUAAAACGAGCGUACGCUCAACCUAGAAUGGUAACCGGCUGGCCUGUACAGCAAGAUGCUUAUAAGAAUCAGGCGAUAGCUGUGAAUGGCAGUACUUCACCGAAUAACACGCUAGCUACGACUAUUUUGACUCCACACCAAGGGAACGUGGCACAGGCACUACAACAGGCCCAAACCGUGACAGUCAAUGCAAACGGCGGAAUCGCGUACACGACUCUAGGAGGCGUUGGGUUCGUGCCUGGAGGAAGUAUGAUCAUACGACCAACUUUUGUCACAACUUCAACUGGAGCUAACGCUAAUAUUGCUUUAGCACAAGGUGUAACAGUUCAGGCUGUACGGCCGCCAAAUGUUACAGUGACAGUAGCGUCGUCUCUUGCUAGUCCUACCUACGCGAUUCCAGUCAGUCAGUUGGCAAAUGCGCCCAUCUUAGUAGCAACAGGAGGAGCCAACAACAUGGUCCCGACCACCACGGAGCACAACUCGAUCACUGUUGAAAAGUCCGCAGAAGGAGGCUUAAUAGUCGUAGCGGCAGCACCACAUACUAUCCAUUCACAACAUACUCAAGGCUUGCAGAAUUGUGAGAGCGAUCCCAGUGACGCGGGGAGAUCGAACGCUGGUACACCGAAUGCAAAUAGUAUCGUCAACCCUCAAGAAUCAAACUAUCGAGCACUAAAUAUGGAAAAUGAGAACCCUUCCAGAGACGGCAGUCCAACUACACGCUUAGAACAGCCAAGUAUUGAAGUCAAAGCUGAACAAGGAUGCAGAAUAUGAGUUAGUCUUUACCUGGUUUUUGUCCGCAGUGGUAAGCAUACAACCUUCCAAGUGCUUUUUGUUUAUUUAUUUACACAUUCCAACUGGACACUUGAAAGGUUUUCAGAACUUUUAUCGAACCUGAAACGAUCUAUGCGACAGUGCAAUCAAACCUUUGUAACCUGAUGGCUAACUGAUAAUCAAACCUUUGUUCCGUUGUCGUCAAAGUUAUUGUCUAAAGAUUGUCGGAUUUUGGUCGAUAAAUUAGGUUCUGCUUCCUUUGUCAAGUCUGUUUUGUUUUGAAGGCGGUUCCUUUGUAUGUUGUUUCUAAAGACAGUCUACAUUUGUUUCGCUAUGAGAUUCAUAUCAUAAAUGGACUAAAUUUGCUGGUAAAGGGCUAUUGAAAACCUCCAAAAUAAUUCGACCUUUUUAUUUUUGGCGACUCGUGUCUUUCCCUCAAAUUGUUUAGAACGAAUUAUUUACUUGAAUUAUUCAUGUCUCAGUCUUUUAUCUAAGUUGUUACUCAUACAAUAUACAGUUCGAUAAUGAGAGAUUAUACUGCCCUUUAGCAAAAAUGUGAGCAUUCAUAAGUACAUCCUUUCAGAAUAAUCGAAAAACUACAAUCAAAUGAGAAAACAUUCUAGAUGAUUUAGUAUCUUUGGGCAUUUUUGAGUACUGAAAUUUUGCAGAAAUUUAAGUUGAAUUGGAAAUCAUUGUUUUGACUGGACAUGCUUUGAUACAGAAAUUCGAUUUGCUGAUAAACUGUUUUAAUUUUUUUUGGUUGAAAGAGUAGGAUGGUAAAGGAGGGAAAUUUUUUCCUGUAUUAAUGACAUAUCUAUUGCAGCUCCUGGCGAUGUGAUCCAUCACCAUCACUACAAAUAAAUUUGUGUAUCAACAAAUCAAUGAAUCAAUAUAUCCACAAAUGAGAGAUUAAUCGACAUUUUGAGACCCAUUUUAACUUUUUAUCUCACUGGUAUUGUUCAUUGUUACCUUCACUUGUUCAUUUUCUUAAUUUGGAAGAAUUUUUAUGAUAAUUUUUUUUAAAGAAAAGUUUCAAGUACUGUACAGAAAGAUAGAGAUGAAAAUGACCAAAACCCAUCAUGGAUUUGAAAUUUGUGAGUUUUAUUUCAACUCCUAAUUUUAUUGUAAAGCAAACUUGAAUCAGUCAAUAGCCAUCUUACAGGGUAUGGUUGCCUGUCUUACAAGACGAAAACAAAUUUUUAAAUACAUUUUCACUCGAAAACUUACUGUCCUGCUAUAGGAUUGCCUUAAAACUCCAGUAUUUAUUCAAUAUUAGCCCUAUAGAAAUGAUCUCUGACUUCAGUUUUCUUGACGUCAACUGCAUUAAAUCUUAAUAUCAUUAUUAAUCAACAUUAAAUAACCAGUUAGCAUUACAUAACUUACUUUUAAAACAAAAUUAUUCAUAGGGUUCAGAUAAAUAGUAUUUAAAUCUUUAGUUUAUCAUAGUAAGAGUUUAUUUGACAAGCAGACUUUUGAAAAAAGUUCAAAUUAUUUUUAAAAGUUGUGCAUAAAGAACUUAAAUUUGAAGUGCGCUAGAGCAUACGGUUUAGUGUCCUAAGAGUGAAGAAUCAACUCACCUGAUUUAUUAAAACAAAAUUAAUGCAUACUGACAGGUAGUGCUAUUCUUUAUUAUGCUAUAUUUUGUUAAGAUCAUAAAUGACAUGCACAAAAUUGGAGUCGUAGUUCCAAUUAGGGUUAGAAUUCCCUGCUAGCAGAGUCUCCUUCGUUGGUGAUGCCAAGAAUGGCCAACUAGAGGGACUGUGCUAGCUGCAGGGAAGGGUUAGAAAAACUAAAAUGCAAAGAUAUGACCCAAGCUAGACCAGAAUGCAUCACACUUUCUAGCAACAAAUGGAACUACUGACUCUUUCACUUAUAUAGCUAAUUUUAUUUGACUUUGAAAACUCCAAAUGAAAAGUGGUGUGUCAUGCAUGGUGAUAAUGUAUAAAAUCUAGCACCAAUGGUCAAGCAUUUUUAUUGGAUAAUCAAUGAUCUUGUAUGGUUUGAUUGAUGUAAUUUGUCAGUUUUCCUCUGCAGACGGUCUCAGUCAUAUGAAAUCUACUCUAAGAUAUAAAGUGCUGUUACCUUUUUUUAACUUCUAAUUAAGUGUUAUAAAUGUCCAAAUUUCAAUAUUCUGGUUGACGGAUCAAUUGCAAAACAAUCCUGAGUCUAGAAACAACCGAGCCUUAACUUGGAUUGUUUUUUUGCUUGAACUCUUAACCGGAAUAUCGAAAGUUGGCUGUUUUUCUCAGGUCUAGUAGGAAAUAUAUUAAAGAUAUGUUGACAAAUCUGUCUUAGGUGCAAAGACACUAGUUUGCCAAAGAGUACCAUUUAUAGAGUUUUCCUACACAUUUUAACUUUACUCUUGUUUUUGAUAUUUUAUUUACAACUUAAUUACAAAUAUUAGAUGAUGCAGACAGUAAAAAAAGACUAUAUGUAGCUUUGCAAAUUUUAAAAUUAAUUUACAGAUUAGUUUUAGUUUGAAAUUUUAGAAUGUUUGUCCAACAUUUUCAAUGAUAACCUUAUGUCUGGUAUAGUGAAAAUUAUUCAGAUAUGAUCUGUGAUGAAAUUUUGAUUGUAAAAUAGAUAAAAGGGGGACUAUAUUGGUUUCUUUGACAUUCUUUUAUGAUAUUAGCCACCCACCAAUAAUUGAAAGCUAUGCCUUGUACUAAUCAAGUUAAAUUGGUUCAUGAAGUUAUGGCAACCCAACUUUUUGGAACUAGAGUCCUAGUGUUUUGCCCGGCAAGGCAAUAUUUUUUUAUCUUUUGCAGACUUUCAUUGAUACCAGCCUUAUUUGAGAUGUAGAAUUAAAGCUACUGGUUAUAGAUAUAGCUUGCUUCUUACAAAGAAUGGUCAAAGAAAUCAAUACAAUAUUCCUAUAAUGAUAAUUAUGUAAUUGUAUAUCCAUAUAUAACCAAUGGUUACUGUGUAACUGACAGCGUAAUCAGCAAUGACAUGUACUAGUUAAAGAAACAAAAGAGCAACCAUUACUUCCCAGCCAAACAAAAACAGCUUAUAUAUAUGUAUAUGUAUACAACUCUAUUUGAUAUUUAAACCAUUAACUCGUGCACAAAAUAAGUUGCAUAAGAUGGAAAACUAACUGUGUAAGUCUGUGUGUGGUGUCGUGGAUGGCUUGGGAGAGUUUAUCUAGUAGCAGAUUGAUAUUGUAACUACAGAUAUUUUAUAUGAUAUGAAGUAUGUGCAAAUAAAUGAACAUUCUUGAUCUC